CAUUAACCUAGCAAUAAAAUAUAAUUUUCAUAUAAGAAUCACUAUUUAUACCAUAAAUAAAAUUUGUCAAGCAACAAUUCUUCUAAACGGUCUUUGAAAAGGAGACUGUUACAAUAUAGAAAUCUUUCAAAAGAAGAAUUUUCUUUCAAAAAUCAAUCUUUUAUCCUGAAAUGCAGUUUGAAAUAACAAUCCAUUGUAAUGGGUUAAUAACACUCAAAAUAAGCACGGAUUUAUAAUGCGCGCGAUAAAAUAAUUUUCCACAGUGUAUAUUUAUUUUAAAUUGAGCGAACGUUUCAUUACGGAAAACCAGUUUGUUACCGCGAACGCUAUUAAUAUUAUGGACUGGAACCCAUUUUUUCGUUUCAAUGGAACGUGUAAUUGUGUAGGUUGUAAAAACUGCAAAGACAUUAUUCGAGCAGCAGUGGAAAAUGAUAAGUUUGAGCGAUAAGCUAUGCUCCUGAUUGAAAUAUUAGCGUUUACCUUUUGUUUUUGUCAAACGCUGUGCGCUGCGGAAGUAGGUGAAUGUAGAGACCACAGCAACCACGUUCGUCGUGAUGGGGGCAUGUGCUUCGAGAUCCCACCGUGGCAACAUUUGCCAGUGGAAUUGGACAACCACCUGAUCAGUCUGAAAGAUAAAUUUGGAAACUCUAGUACGAACACCAGACGGCAAAUAAGGCCGUCGCAAUUAGCUUUAGUCAAUAGCCAACUAUCCCGCUACAUGGACACCGUUUUGGCACCUUUCCUAGACACGUAUCUUAGGAACAUUCAGAAUUCGUACCAGCAGAUGACGAGUAAAAUACUUAGGAGGAUUAAAGAUGACGUCAAUGGUGCGGUACAGAAAAAGUCUCAGAUUUACAAGGAGUUGAUUGAUCUGGCCCAAGAAUUAAAAGUACCUGCUAUGUGUGAUGAAGAGCGUCGGCAGGCCCGGACGCUGGCCAGCCGGCACGUGGCACAGAUUUACAGGUGCACAGAAGAAGCCAGGGCUUCCAUAGCCAAGAUGGGAAAAUAUGCCGAGGAAAUGAUAGGCAUCACCAAAAAUCACAUGCAAAACUCUUUGGAAGACGCCACUAAAUCUUUAGCAGUUAGAGUACAACGAUCAACGAGUUCACAAGAGAACGAAGUCACCGAAUGCAUCAAGGAGUUGUCAAGGGCGGCAGUGAAGUUGGGCUAUGAGUUGGACCUCAGUCUGACCAACGCGCGGCGUCACAACGAACAGUCGCACGAGAAGCUGACGGCGUGCGGCAACAAGGCCAAGCGGGGGACUGACGACGCCGUCACCGACCUGAAGGAUCAGCUGUACCAAUGCGUUUAUGCUUAGUAACUAAUAAAAAAACCGGACAAAUGUUUUUUUAUGACGUACCUUAGCGACUUUCCUUAGACACCUUUUUUAAGGCGAUCCUGGCAAAUUACUUCAUAAGAGUUUGAAUGAAGUACAUGUGAUGAAUGUUCGUGUGGCUGAAAAAACGUGCUGCACUAGCUAGCCAUACAACAUUAUGAACAAUACUUGCAGCGAAUAACUACAAUAUAGUUAUGUUUGGAUAAACCUAGUGUAAAUAAGAAAUUAUGAAACUUAUUUAUUUCUUAUGAUUUCGCGCAGACCAAUCAUUUAAGAAAACACUUCUUAGGCGCAUAAAGAAUGAUUUAUUAGUUUUUUUCAAAAGUGGCGUCAUAUAAUGAACAUUUGCACGAAAAGCUGACGGCGUGCGGCAACAAGGCCAAGCGGGGGACGGACGACGCUGUCAGCGAACUGAAGGAUCAGCUGUACCAAUGCGUGUAUGCUUAGUAACUAAUAAAAAAACCGUACAAAUGUUUUUUUAUGUCGUACCUUAUCGACCUACAUUAGACACCUUUUUUUAUGGCGAUCCUAGCAAAUUACUUUAUAGAACUUUGAAUGAUGUGCAUGCGAUGAAUGUUUCUGUAGCUGAGAAAGUUGCUGCACUAGCUAGCCAUACAACAUUAUGAACAAUACUUGCAGCGAAUAACUACAAUAUAGUUAUGUUUGGAUAAACCUAGUGUCAACAAGAAGUUAUGAAACUUAUUUAUUUCUUAUGAUUUCACGCAUACCAAUCAUUUAAGAAAACACUUCUUAGUCGCAUAAUAAGCGUUAUUUAUUAGCUUUUUUUCAAAAGUGGCGUCAUAUAAUGAACAAUCGCACGAGAACCUGACGGCGUGUGGCAACAAGGCCAAGCGCGGGACGGACGACGCCGUCACCGACCUGAAGGAUAAGCUGUACCAAUGUGUUUAUGCUUAGUAACUUAUAAAAAAACCGGACAAAUGUUUUUUUAAGUCGUACCUUAUCGACCUACCUUAGACACCUUUUUUCUGGCGAUCCUGGCAAAUUACUUUAUAGAACUUUGAAUGAUGUGCAUGCGAUGAAUGUUUCUGUGGCUGAGAAACGUGCUGCACUAGCUAGCCAAACAACAUUAUGAACAAUACUUGCAGCGAAUAACUACAAUAAAGCGCAUAAAGCGUGAUUUAUAAGCUUUUUUAAAAAGUGGCGUUAUAUAAUGAACAAUCGCACGAGAAGCUGACGGCGUGCGGCAACAAGGCCAAGCGGGAAAUGGACGACGCCGUCAGCGACUUGAAGGAUCAGCUGUACCAAUGCCUGUAUGCUUAGUAACUAAUAAAAUAACCGGACACGUGAUUUUUUUAUGUCGUACCUUAUCGACCUACCCUAGACCUCUUUUUUUAUGGCGAUCCUGGCAAAUUACUUUAUAGGACUUUGAAUGCGAUGAAUGUCUGUGUGGCUGAGAAACGUGCUGCACUAGCUAGCCAUACAACAUUAUGAACAGCCAUACAACAUACUUGCAGCGAAGAAGUAUAAUAUAGUUUGUGGUGCUCAUGUUUCGGGGAAUAGAGCUAUCUUAAAUGCUUCUAACUACAUGUAUUUUUUGUUUUCUAUCUUUCAACAUGGAACGGCACAUUGUCUGUGAUAUUAUUGUCCCACUAUUUUAAUUAACGGUCCCGUUUCCUCACACAGAGCGCUCACUUUAAUAAAUAUUUAAGUGUAAGCUCGUACAGUCCUUUCAUUCUACGAGUAAUUGUAUUCAAACUCAUUGCCUUCAUGAAACAUUCAUGUGUUUUUAAUAAAUAUGCGUAAUUAAUUUUGUAGACGCUGGAUUUUGAUUCGUAUUCACAUGUUGCGUCAUCCAUUGUUUGCAGUGAUAUGAUACUAAACUUAAAAGAAUAAUGAUUUCGCUUACGUGAUUUAAAUUGUAUUAUUAAAUUGAUAUUGUUUCGCUGAAAGAUGAACAAUAUGCUAGCUGUUGUGAAAAGUUCGUUAUUAUAAUAUAUUUUGAUAGAAAUCAUAUUUUUUUUUAUUUAUUUAUUUAAUUAUUGAUACAUAUUUUUUUCAUAUUUUAAUACCUUGCCAACCUGUAAACAUCAGGUUGUUGGCAAGCCAACGCUCGUUUUCCUUACAGUAUCAUAUAACUAAUACUAUUGUUAUAAACUUACAAAUAAUAUGACUAUAAGCUACUGUUAACAUAUUAUGUCUAAGCUAUUUUAAAGUGACUAUCUGUUACAAAUACAUAAUUUACGCAUUAUUCAAAAGAGUUUUAUUAUGCUUCCAAUUUGAAAAAAGAGAUUUUGAUUUAAAUAUUUAGUUACAAAAUAUCAA